AUGGCGUUCACUCCACAACACACCUCCGCUGGGGACAUCGAAAAGGCCCCGCUUCCGCCCGCUCACUUGGGCGAGGACAAGCCGACGACAACUCUGCAGGAGGACAUUGCAGCUUACGGCCUGGAGAAGGUGUACGCGCGGCAUGGCAGGAUUGACUUGAUUCCUCUGCCAAGUGACGACCCGCACGACCCGUACAACUGGAGUUCGUGGAUCAAGCACGUCUUGCUCGUCCAAGUCGCCUUCCACGCCAUGAUGGGUCCUUUCUCCGCUGCUGCCGUCAUUCCGUCUUUCGAGACUUUCGUCAAGGACUUUGGCGUCUCCAUCACGCAGGCGUCGUACCUCGUUUCGGUGCCAAUUGUCUUCCUGGGUUUCUUUCCUCUUCUGUGGGCGCCCAUCUCGAACCGAAUCGGUCGGCGGCCAGUCCUCCUUAUUAGCGCUCUGUUCAGUGCUGCGAUGCACUUCGCCGGUGCAUACUGCCACUCGUACGGCACCUUGAUGGUCACCCGUGUCUUCCAAGCCAUCUUCCUCGCUCCUCCUCAAUCGCUCGGCGCCAACAUGGUCAACGAGAUGUUCUUCCAACACGAGAAGGGCCAGAAACUCGGCAUCUGGACGCUCCUCACCUCUCUCGGCCCUCCUGUCGCGCCGCUCAUUAUGGGCCCGGUCGUCUGGAACACCGGCAAGUGGCAGUGGACCUUCUACCUCCUCGCCAUCAUCAACCUCGUCCAGUUCGUCCUCUACAUCUUCCUCGCACCCGAGACCGCCGGCUUUGUCCGCCCGAACCGCGGCACGCCCGAGGCCGACGUCGCCGCUGCUCCCAAGCCAAAGACGCCUUGGUGGAAGCUGUACUUCUCGUUCAAGCGGACGUCGCCCGCGUCUUGGUCGCAAGUCCCGAUCGAGACGGUUCGACCUUUCACGAUGGGCUUGCACCUCACGGUUCUCCUCCCCGCUAUCGCCUAUUCUAUCGCUUUCGCCUACACCAACGUCCUACUCACCGUCGAGAUCCCCGCACUUCUCGGCCGCAAGUACGGCCUCAACCCGCAACAGAUUGGCCUGCAGUUCGUCGGCGCAGUUAUCGGUGCCAUCCUCGGCGAGAUCGUCGCGGGCACCGGCUCGGACUGGUGGAUGAUUUGGCGCACGAAGCGAGCAGGCGGAAACCGUGAACCCGAGAUGCGAUUGCCCUUCGGCCUGCCAGGGUUCAUCCUUGGCGCCGUGGGCAUCCUAAUCUUCGGCGUGCAGCUCCAGAACACCGCCGCAGGUCACUGGAACGUCACGCCCGUCAUCGGCGUCGCCAUCGCCGUUUUCGGCACGCAGAUCGUCACGACCGUCUGCUACGCCUACGCGAUCGAGAGCGUUCCCAAGGCCGUCCAGUACCGCGUCUCGCCCUUCAUCGCGUUUGUCCGCCAGCUCUACGCCUUCACUGCUCCGUUCUACCUCAACAUCCCGUUCGAGGAAUGGGGCUAUGCGAAGGCGGCAGGUCUUCUCUGCGCCUUGACCGGCGGCGUCGGCUUCCUCCUCGUCUUCCUCUGCCUCAUCUUCGGCCGCAAGUGGCGCCACGUCGACCCUGAAAACUGA